GACGCUCUCCAAUACCCUUCCCUUUUACCGUGAAUGAAAACCCCAGUACCGCCCAACUCUCAUAGACCAACGCCGACGCUGCCAAAAGCAGUCUGAUCCGACCCCGGCGUCCCCCCAAUCGCACCGCGACACUUCCGAUCCAUCAUUCUUAAUCAUCUGUUUGGCAUCCCAGAAAAUCAAAUAAAUAGGGUUUCCUCAACCGUCUAUCUCUUCACUUCAAUCCCAAAUUCUUUAUUCUCUGCCUCAAUUUCAAAGUGGUUGUAAAUCCUUUUUGCAAUGGCGUUGGUCGUAAUCUGUGGGCAACCCUGCAGUGGUAAAUCCACGGCAGCUCAUUCCCUAGCGGAGGCACUGAAAGAAUCGGAAUCGAAACCAGCUGUGAAAAUCAUCGACGAGGCUUCCUUUCAUCUUGACAGGAACCAGAGCUACGCGAACGUGCCGUCGGAGAAGAAUCUGAGGGGAGUUCUGAGGUCCGAGGUUGACCGCUCGUUGACCAGGGACAGCAUCGUCAUCGUCGAUUCCUUGAACAGCAUCAAGGGCUACCGCUACGAGCUCUGGUGCCUGGCCCGAGCCGCUGGGAUUCGGUACUGCGUCGUCUUCUGCGACGUCGAAGAGCCGCAUUGCGGGGAGUGGAAUCGGGAACGGAGGGAGAGAGGAGAAGCUUCUUACGACGAGAAGAUCUUCGACGAUUUGGUUUCGAGGUUCGAGAGACCGGAGAGAAGAAACCGGUGGGAUUCCCCGCUGUUCGAGCUUUUUCCGUGGAAAGACGGCGUCGAGAAAACUUCUCCGGCGAUAUCCGAGGCGCUUUUGUACUUGACGAAGAAGGUUGAUUCGAAGACCAGAGAUGUUAAGAUCCUGCAGCCGACGAUCGCCACGCAGAAUUCAAAGUUUUCGGAGGCGAAUUCGCUGUACGAGUUGGAUAGGGCGACUCAGGAGGUGAUCAGUGCGUUGGUGGAGGCUCAGUCCCAGGCAAUGGGAGGGCCUCUAAAUGGGGUGUCAUUGGGCCAGGGGUUGCCGACGGUUAACAUUUCGCGGUCGGUUGGGCUACCGGAGCUUCGGAGGCUACGGAGGACGUUUAUCAAGUUGACGGGGCAAACGAGUUUGAGCGGACCUCCGCCGCCCUCGGAUGCGGACAGCGCGAAGAGGAUGUUUGUGGAUUACUUGAACAGGGAGUUGGGAAGCCAUUGAAGGAGGAAAAUUACAAAGUGAAUAUUGGUAACAGUGGUGUGUAGAGUAUUGUACUUGGAGGUACUCUGAUACUUGUCAUUGAUCCGUUAAUUCGAGUUUUUAAUUCAAGUU